UCCACACAGCCAGGUUGGACCAGGAGAGCUCACCUAGUUCCAUGCCAUGUCUGUCAGAUGCCACCCUCGAAUUCUCACUAUCAGCGGGGAAAGCAAGUCAAAGCCUUAGCCUAUAUGACCAGCCUCCUCUAUACGGAAUCGACACCCAGAUAUUUAGUGAUCCUAAGGACUGUGUUAGCAUGCAUGGGCACCACAUGAGAUAAAAAAUAAGCCCAGGUGCAGAGUUUAUUACUAACUUUGGAAACAGACUGGUUUCAAUAUGCCUUGGAAAUAUGGAUUCCUUGUUCUUACACUAUUCGUCUUCACUCUCCAAGCCACAGGAAUUAAAGAGAGGAAUAAUCGGGGCUCUUGGCAGAGAGGAGUUAUCAGGACAGAAACAGAAGCCAUCAAUUCUAUGCAUUUGGUUGAACUUCUGAGAACGACCAAACAAAACUCUAAUGUCAGAACGAUAUUUGAACUAGAAAAGCAUCGGACAAAGAGGUCAGCGGUCUUUCACUCUGGAGUGAGAGUCUGUCCUCAGGAGACCAUCAAUGAGGUCAUCGCCAGCCAUCAAGCCUACUACAAGCUCAGAGUUUGUCAGGAGGCUGUGUGGGAGGCCUUCCGGAUCUUCUUUGACCGGAUCCCUGGACCUACAGAAUAUACAACUUGGGUUCACACAUGUCAACAUGAGUCUCUGUGCCUCUCUGACCUGGCCAGUAACUUCAGCAACUCAGAGGAGCACUUGAGUAUGGUGUACAGGAGGAUGAACCUGGGAGAUGAGAGGCAGCCGACUGGAAUGGUAGCAGCCACAACCACAGCAGCACCGGAGGUCGCUGAUAUAACAGGUCCAGAGGAGGCCCAGACUGCAACACCAGAACCACCUGCUCCUGUAACCAGCAUUGCCAGCGUCCCUGAUGCUCCUGAGGUUACAGUUGAAGAAGAAACUGCGGAGGAGGAGGACUCUGAGCUGCCCAAUGUUGUCCCAGAGCAGCCUGGGGAGGAGAUAGUGGAGUUCAGCAUUGACCUCGUGGACCCAGGCUACAAGGAACUACUGGACGACCCUGACUCCCCCCAAUAUGUUGACCUCUCUCAUCACCUGCAAGACCAGAUGCUCCAUGUUUUUGACAAACUCCCAGGAUUUAAAGACAUCAAUGUUUUGGGAAUCAGCGAGACCCAGGAGAGUGACGGACCUGGAGCAGUGACAGUGCACUAUUCCCUGGUCUUUGAAGCAAUUUCAACAGAAGUUUCAGAGGAUGACACAGGGACUCCAGUGUCAGCUGUGCCCAGCCUGCGGGAAAGGGUGGCCAAGGCUUUGAGUGAAGAGGCCUCUCUGCCAGUGGAUCUACAGUCAUUAAACUUUGAACCAGUGAAAGUGAUUCCAUUAACUACAACACCUAUUGAGGAAGCUGUUGAGGAAGUGAUUGAAUAUUCCAGUGCGCCAUCAAUCCACAACGACCUGGAAAUAGCCAUAGAUGAGCCAGAGAUUGCUGGGGAGAAACCUCGUUUGGAUGUUCCACUUGGCCCUGUGGAAAAGAAAAAUGCUCUCGUCACCCUCCUGGACUCUACAGACAUUCCAGAUGACGAAGAAGAAGAAGUAGAAGAAGAAAAAGCCCCACCAGAGAGGGGUGAUGUGCCUUACAUCUACAAAGACAUUGAUGAGAAUGAGUUUGAAGCAACAGCUGAACCAGAGGAAGAGGUGCCAUUUAUCACACACAUGAUUGAAACCAUCCAUGCCAUUGAUGAGGGAACUGGUGAGCUUGUGAGAGACUAUUUCCCAACCCCUCCUGCUGAUGACUCUGCUGCUGAGCCCAGCGUUCCAGAGGAAUACCCUGAGCCACCUUUCGGCAAUUUAGUCCCUACUAAUGGGUACCCUGUCUUACCCCCUGAGGAUUUGGAUAUUACUUCCAUUCCUGAAAUAGAAAGUAUAGAAACUGAUGCUCCAGCUGAACUCCCUCCUAACUUGAUAUCAGAGGAGAAGGCUGUUGUUGAGGAGGAGGCAGAGCCUACUCCAACCCCUCAGAUUCUGCUCACCACAGCCACUGAAGAAGAGCUGUCUGACCCUGGAUUACCUGUAACGACUCUCUCAGCCAUCACAGAUCAGCCUACUACUGAAGCAAUAGAGGACCUUGAAGUUGAGGAGAACCUUAUUCCGAUUGAAGAGGAAGAAGUUGAGGAACCAGAACCUGAGGAAGAGGUAGUUGAGCUAUCGGGACCUGAGGAAAAGGUAGUUGAGCUAUCGGAACCUGAGGAAGGGGUAGUUGAGGUCUCGGAACCUGAGGAAUGGGUAGUUGAGGUCUCGGAACCUGAGGAAGGGGUAGUUGAGGUCUCGGGACCUGAGGAAGAGGUAGUUGAGGUCUCGGAACCUGAGGAAGGGGUAGUUGAGGUCCCGGAACCUGAGGAAGGGGUAGUUGAGGUCCCGGAACCUGAGGAAGGGGUAGUUGAGGUCUCGGAACCUGAGGAAGGGGUAGUUGAGGUCUCGGAACCUGAGGAAGGGGUAGUUGAGGUCUCGGGACCUGAGGAAGGGGUAGUUGAGCUAUCGGGACCUGAGGAAGAGGUAGUUGAGGUCUCGGAACCUGAGGAAGGGGUAGUUGAGGUCUCGGAACCUGAGGAAGGGGUAGUUGAGGUCUCGGGACCUGAGGAAGGGGUAGUUGAGCUAUCGGGACCUGAGGAAGAGGUAGUUGACCUAUCAGAACCUGAGGAAGGGGUAGUUGAGCUAUCGGAACCUGAGGAAGGGGUAGUUGAGCUAUCGAAACCUGAGGAAGGGGUAGUUGAGCUAUCGGAACCUGAGGAAGGGGUAGUUGAGCUAUCGGAACCUGAGGAAGGGGCAGUUGAGCUAUCGGAACCUGAGGAAGGGGUAGUUGAGCUAUCGGAACCUGAGGAAGGGGUAGUUGAGGUCUCGGAACCUGAGGAAGGGGUAGUUGAGGUCUCGGAACCUGAGGAAGGGGUAGUUGAGGUCUCGGAACCUGAGGAAGGGGUAGUUGAGGAACCGGAACCUGAGGAAGAGGUAGUUGAUGUACCAGAACCUGAAGAAGAGGUAGUUGAGGAACCAGAACCUGAGGAAGAUGUUACUGAACCACCAGCAGAAGAAAUUAAAAUAAUCCAGCCUCUGGAUUCUGUAGAGGACACUCUCUUUGGAGAGGAAACUUAUCCUGUUGAAGAGGACAAUAUUGUGCCAAUAGAAGACCAGUCACCUGAGGAGGACAUGGAGGAACUAUUGCCUGAAUACCCCGGAUAUGAGGACAUCUACCCUGACGAAGCUGUUGAUACUGUGGACCAAUCAGAUCAUUCACCAGAGGACAGUGAAGUGGAAGAGGCUGCAUUGCCAGGGGACAGUGAAGUGGAAUUGGCUCCAUUGCCAGGGGACAGUGAAGUGGAAUUGGCUCCAUUGCCAGGGGACAGUGAAGUGGAAUUGGCUCCAUUGCCAGGGGACAGUGAAGUGGAAAUAGCAGUGACAGCAGAACCCAUCCCAGACUCUUCACCAACACCACCUGCAGAAUCUGACACUGUGCCUGAGGUAGAUGAAACAGAGUCAGCUUCAGAGUUACAGCCUAUGGAGGAGGAUGCCGAGGAGCCUGAGGUGGUUGUUAUCGAUGAAGAGGUCAUAGAUGUCUCGGAACCUGAGGAUGAGAGCCUGCAAGACCUUGCAGACGAACUUGACCAAAUGGACCUGGUGAGCACAGAGGCCAUUGACCUUCCAGAUGACAGUGGAUACCCAUUGGCUCCCGAGGAGCACCCCUUCGAGACCACAGCGUCUCCACCACUGAGAUACCUGACCACUCCCUCCAUGACCACGGCCAGUAAAGGAAGGGAGCUGGUAGUGUUCUUCAGUCUACGGGUCACCAACAUGAGGUUCUCAGAUGACCUCUUCAACAAGAGCUCUUCAGAAUACAGAUCCCUGGAGAACACCUUUGUGGAGCUGCUGCUGCCUUACCUGCAGUCCAAUCUAACGGGAUUCAAGAAGCUGGAGAUUCUCAACUUCAGGAACGGCAGCGUUGUGGUCAACAGCAAGAUGAAGUUCUCCAAGUCAGUUCCAUACAACAUGACCCAGGCCGUCCACUGUGUCCUAGAAGACUUCUGCAAUGCUGCUGCCAUGCGCCUCAACAUUGAGAUUGACAGUCACUCUCUGGACAUAGAGCCAGCUGAUCAAGCAGAUCCCUGUAAGUUCUUGGCGUGCAACGACUUCUCUCGCUGUGUGGUGAACCGCUGGUCUCGGGAGGCCGAGUGUCUGUGUGACCCGGGCUACAUUACGUUGGAUGGUUUGCCCUGUCAGAGUAUCUGUGUCCUGCAGCCUGACUACUGCCAAAACGGGGGUCAGUGUGAGAUAGUGCCUGGGCAUGGAGCCACUUGCAGAUACCCAGACAAGUAUACAAGUCUUCCAGGCAUGACAAGUUAAUAAAUUAGAGGGUUGAAUGACAUCAACACUACGUAUUGGGACUUGGCGACUGCAGAAGACAGCGUUUGGAUCACUGCAGAAGCAACACAGGACCGUUUAUAAAGGAUAUUUAAUAGCUGACGCAGUUAACAGACAGUUGUGACUGCUGAAAGACAUUGAUCUGCGGUCUUCUGAUUGACAGGCACACAACCCCUUCAUCUCAGCUUUCCAAAGCCCGUGUUUCACCUGUAAGGAUACUCCCCAAACUGUGGAUGACAAACAGAUGUGAUCAUUUCGCUGCAUUUAUCAAGUUGCAAAGGCACCCCAGGACAGCGAACUGCUUUUAUACAUAAUGUGCUGACAAUGUAGUAGCACAUUUUUUUUAAAUGUAAAAUGCCAGAAGAAAAGUGAUGUUUUCCUCAUAAUGAGGUAUGUAUGUUGCAAUGGAGUAUAGUUAAUAUCACAUACUGUCUGUCUCUGUAAUGCUGUAUUGGUGUUGUGUAAUAUUGAUAAUUGUAUAAAGUCCAUCUCUGUU